GCUCAACAUGAAAAUAACUUUUACGGUUCUUCAGGGCAACACGGAGUAGGUCGUCAAUACGAUGGGGACCACUCUUAGGAAUACUUUCGGUUGUUUGCCGGAGGAUAACAGCACUUAUACCAGGUCUCUUGAUGGUAUUUUUCUUCUCGUCAGGCUCCGGCGAAAUACGUGGUGGAAUUACCUCUCAAAGUGGACUUAUGAUCCGGAAUCUUCUCUGCUUUUGAAUAUUGCUUUGAUCCCAUCAUUCAUCGUACGUUUGUCUGAGACCGACACUAAUCUACCCCAGGAUGCCCAGGGUGUUUGGAGGAUAACAUCCUUGAGCGCUAAGCUCCGAAACAUAAUUUAUAUAUGGAUUAAAGCAAGCAUAAUCAUGUUCACAAGCCCUAGUCAGAUGAAUUAGAAAAAAGAACCGUAGAACCUAAUACACAGAGCUGAUCGACGAUUAAACUAACUCAGCCUGCAGAGUAGAAGCAAUCAUGUCUAACACAAGAUGACACUGACGAGGAUAGACUAAUAGGAUGAACUCGAAAGCUUAAUGAAAAUUGGUAAGGCUACGAUAAAUUUUACAUAUUUUUUUGCUUAUUCAUAGAUCUCGGUUGGGACGCCUUCCGGAAAGCAUCAUCC